UGAAUAAAAAAAAAAAAAAAAAAAAUUGCAUGAUUUAGCAGUCACUUGUGUCGUAGUUUUUUUGCUGUGUGUGUGUUUUGUGUGUGUGUUGUGUGUGCGUGUGUGUGUGUCUUAUGUGUGUGUCUCUUUUGUUUUUUUCUUCCUUUUACAUUAAAAAAAAACCCCAACAUGUCUUCACAAAGUCAGAAUAGUCUGUUUAGACAACAACAACAUUUGUAUCGCUCUGCUCAUUACCUUGCCAAAUCAAAAGCACCUACUCUUUAUACACCACCACCUCCCAGCAACGAGGGAACAACAAAGGGACGCAAACGACGUGCUUCAUACGAAGACGAGGAAAUGACAAAUAGCGAAAUACUCGAGAUGAGACCAGCCAUUGGAACAGGCGAUGUUUUCCAACCCAAACGUAACCGCAUGUCCAUCAAGAAGGAGUUUCCCAUUAGUAAACUAUUAGCUACGCUGGAUAAGGAUAAACUGAUCGAGCUCAUCAAUGACUUGGUAGACGCCAACCCACAUUUAAAGACAGAAGUGGAUGCAUUUAUACCACCGCCCACCACACAGUCCAUAUCACUCGUCAUUGCCAAUCUCGAAAAGAAAUUACACGACAGUUUUCCCUUUGGAAAGACAUCUGUCAGAGACGAUUAUUCCUAUCAUCGAGUGAAACCCGCCCUGACCGACAUAGUCAACGCAUUGUUGGAGUACGCUGAACACUUUACAUCAUCACAGGAUGAAUUCCCUUCUACCAUAUUUUCAUAUCUUCAUUUUGCAACCAUCGUAGCACAUAGGCUACCCACAUGGGAAACAGAAGCUCACAAUCAAAUCAAACGUGAUCUAUACACUGAACUAAUAAACUAUUGGAAAAAGGCAAUUGAUAUCGCAAGCAGCAAAUUAGAUCAAGGCAAAAUCUUUGGCCAACAAAUCGUGUCAGAAUGGGCUAAAGAAUUGGCGCAGCAUGAUGCAGAAACUCACGGUCAAUUCAAUGAGGUCGUACAGAAAUUCAAGGAACGUUUAGGUUGGAUCAUUGGUCUCUAAAUUCCCCCUCUUCCCCUUCCCUCCGCAUCACAUCACACAGAUAAAUAAAUAAAUUUGACAUCAAAAAAGCUUUUCCCUCACA